AUGAAACUACAAUUCGCCAGCGUCUAUAAUUGCCCAAUCGUCUACGCGAAUCAUUGCCACGUCAUCAAAAUGCUCAUAUUGCUCGAAAUGUGCGCGAUACUCGCCAACAUGCUAAUGUUCGGCAUCACGAUAUACGCGCUUCGAAAAGCGACGUUCCAUUAUAAUUUGGUGCGAAUCGGCAUUUUCAUGAUGGCCGGCUAUUAUACGCUGAUGGCUGGCCGAAUUGUGACAUGCGUUUUCGAGAUCGGCAUCAUUCGCCAGGACGAUCCCGAACACUCGAUGGUCCUUAUAAUAGCGUCCUACCUUCAAUAUUACUAUUUCGGGUGCGCGUGUGUCAUAAGUUCGGCAUUUGCCGCUGAACGCUAUUUCGCGACGAGAUAUGUCGCGAUAUAUGAGAAGCAAAAAAUGGUGUGGGUGAUUUAUGUUGUAUGCAGUUUGGUGGCGAUUUUGGCGAUGAUUUGCGCCAUUCUAAUGCAAUUUGAGAUCGUUCGAAUAUUGUAUAUGACCAUAUUUGGGCUCACGUUGAGCAUCUCAAGUUUUUUUUUUUUCAUCAUUCUUUAUUAUAUGAAUAUCCGACGCCUUCAACAAGUCCAAGAGGUCAAUGAAAGCUAUACAUUGAGCAUUCGAUUUCAACUGAAUGAGAAUAUUGUCACAAUGUCGGUAGACGUCGAUGCUUCAAGCCGAUAUGAAGCGCUUACGAAUCUUCUAAGCAAUGAUAAUCGAUUUUGGACGACAAAAUUCCACAAGGUGCCGUGCUCCAUGGAAAAAUGCAACAUUUUGAACAUCACCAGCGUUGACACGAUUUUUGCAUCAAUUGAGAGCCCAGUUAUCAAUUUGGACGAGUUUUUCCUCAGAUCCCUAUUCUCAUUUGCCCACGAAUUAUACAAUAAUAUCGCGCUGAAUGAGUUGAAAUCGAAAAUUCCCGAAGAAUUGCCGAACGAAUGGAACGAUUUGAUGAUAUCGGGAAAUCUUGAAGCGAAAUUGGAUGAAUCCGAAAAAUACUCGUUUAUUUUGUUUUUUAACCGAUUCGAGGACUUCGAAGCGAUUGUGCAUGUCGUCGACGCGGCUCGGCGAACCAAAAAGAAUGUGGGAAUUGUGAAUUGUAAAAUAUACACGCCAAUUUGCGAUUCAUUCGACGUCACCGGCGAGCCGCUGCUGAUCGCCUUCGAGAAUCGCGAACGCUAUCAAAAAUUUUCGGGCGAAUUCCAGGAGAAUCAGGUGUUCGAUUGGAUUCUAACAAUCGAGCAGCCCGACGUCACGAAACUCAACGAAGCCGCCGUGCCCUACUAUCGAAGCGGUCUGAUUCCAGGAUUCGAGGAGGCUCGCGACACCGUCACAAUGUUGUUCGUGUCGACGAAAAAAUCGACAACCUACCAAAAUUGGAAGAAAAUCGCGCGCGAGAAUCACGGACGAUUCCAUUUGGCGGCGUUCGUCUCACAAGACGUCGAAAAAUGGGCCCAUCAGCCGGCAUUGAUCACCAUGAAGCCGAGAGAUGAGUUCAUCAAAGCGUUCACACUUCACACCGAUCUCAGCUAUGCCAGAAUUGUAGAUUAUCUUGAAGAAGGAGUCCAUCCAAGUUUGCACCCACUAUCAUCAUCCCGACAAUUUUCCUACGCGCUAUCAUCUUGCGAGAAGCCGCUGAUCAUCUUUUUCGAUCCGUUGAAAUCGCGCGACUCGACGGAAUUCCGCAAAACCGCGUCGAAUCACCAAAUGGUCCAUCCGCGAACCGCGCGAUUCUCAUUGAUUCAGGGAUGGGACUUGUUCGGUUUAUUCAUCGCCAAUUAUUUCGGUGUGGGACCCGAACAGUAUUUGAUUGUUAGCAAGAUGUGCGAUGCGAACGAGCCCACCUAUUGUUUGAGAUCGAGCAAGAUUGAGGAGAACAAUGAGCACGAGAUACUGCAGCUCAUCAAUAAAAAGGAGUGCGAGAGCACCAUUCAAAGCCAUCAGUUGCCAUUGGAUAGAAUUGCGCAAUUCGAGCGUCGCGAAGACGUCGACGACCUAUUUGACGAGCAUUCAACAAACGACGGCAAUAUUCAUGAAGAGUUAUAG